AGAGAGAAAGGGCUGAUCAGAAAGUACUUUUUGAGUGUCCCAAAGUUAUGCAACAGUAGGCAAUAAAGCUCUGAAGGGUUGAUGCUUUUGCUUCUUGUUUUGUAGUCAGGGAAGGAGGGGGACCAUCUUUUCCUGUCAUUUUCAAGCAUUUUUCACUUGGCUAAUUUGCAUUUUCUUCUAUGUGGAGCUUGCACAGGCCUAUGUUCCUAGGAUCCAUAGCUCUCUGCCCCUCUCAUACAUGCCAAAUUCAGAGAGAGAGAGAGAGAGAGAGGCUUUGCUUUCUUCUUCUUCCAAUGAGUUUUUAUCAAGUUGAGCCAUGUUAGAAUCACACACACACACAGAGAUUGGUGUUUUGCUUUGCCAACUCUUUCAAGUUCUCAAAACCAUGCCUAUCAAGGGUUUGUUUUGUACUUAGUUGGCAAAGAGAGUUAUUAAGAUAUGGACUUGUCAUUUGGCUCAUUUUUUUCUCUCUUCUGGCAGUUAUGUAGUCCCCCCGCACCCACCACCCUCACAACUCCUUUCUUAUUAAUGCAUUUGACACAUUAAACAUCUUUGUUUUUAUUUUAUCUUUUGUCUUUAUCAACAAUUAAUGGUGUGUGAGUUUCUGAUAAAUACCUGAAAGGUUAGUUCUCUCCCUGUUUAUUUGCAGAUUACAGCUUCUGGGUAUUGUUCAUCAACAGCCUCUUGCAUUAAUUUGUGUACGAAACUUUGAUUUUCAAAAAUCUCUUCUUGUUCUUUUGAUGCCCUUUGUUCACCGGCCCAAAUUACCCAUUUUGGUGGUCCACUAAUCAAUCAUAGAUCAAAAUUCAAUUUUUAUUUAUUUAUAUAUAUAUAUAUAUAUAUAUAUAUUUGGCACUAUACUAGUAAAAUGGCUUCACAGGACUCGCCUCCCAAUCCAGCUUCAAGCAUUCUUCACCAAUUCAUCAUCUCAGACUCCAUUGCCAAUCAAACCCAAUUUGAAAACCAACAUUUCGACGCUUAUAGAACCGAUUUGAGAGGUGGUGGAACACACCAUCAAUCUCAUGGUGUGUUGUCUAGCAUUCAGUUUCUUGGUGAAAGAAUGUCUAGAUCACUAGACCUUGUACAAGGUACUCCAAUGGCAGAGGAAUCUACUAUCAACCAGAGUAGACAUUUAAUGGAUCUUCUUGGGGCAUCAAAUGAGACUAAUCACCAAGCCCAAAGGCUUUCUCUAUCUCUUAAUUCUGAUAUGCUUGUUCCUUCAGUUCAAUUUAGGCAGAGACCCUUAAAUUCAAAUGUGUUUAGCCCCAACUAUUUCAUCUCUGGAGAAGAAGCAAGGGAGGCUUGUAAUCCGAGGAUGGACCGAUCAACCACCGAUGAAUUUUCCUUCGUGGCUAGCCCUUUUGCUUCGUCCUCGACCUCGCUUAAUCAGUCUUGUUCUGGCUCUUAUGGAACUGAAUCUUUUCACAUUGCUGUUGGCAACUCUAAGUACCUAAAACCAGCUCAGGUGCUUCUUGAAGAGGUGGUUAAUGUCGGUGGCAAAGCCGUGGACUUGCAAAAUGAGAAAUUUCUCAGAAGAUUAUCGCGUAAUGGCAGAAGAGGAUCACUGGGUUUUUGCUCUGAAUUAAAAGCAGAGUUAUGUAGUACUGGGUUAUCGGGUGAAAAUCAUGACCUCCAAGUUAAGAUUGUGAAGCUUAUUUCCUUGUUAGAGGAGGUUGAGAGGAGAUAUGAGCAAUACUAUCACCAAUUGGAAGGAGUGGUUUCAUCAUUCGAGAUGAUAGCAGGUGUUGGAACAGGAAAAUCUUACACUGCUCUUGCACUUCAAGCCAUGUCAAGACAUUUCUGCAGUUUGAGAGAUGCAAUAACAUCUCAAAUCAUCGCUGCGAAAAGAAAAAUCUCCCAAGAAAUGCCCAAAAUCAGCACGGGUUUGUCGCAGCUUAGCUUGUUUGAUAACGAGGCUAGGCACAAUCGGUUGUUGUCGCCCCAACAGCUUGGAAUGAUGCAAUGCCAACGCCAAGCCUGGAGGCCAAUCAGAGGCUUGCCAGAGACCUCUGUGACGAUCCUCCGGUCUUGGCUUUUCGAGCACUUUCUUCACCCUUAUCCAAAUGACUCGGAGAAGCUAAUGUUGUCAUCGCAGACAGGCUUGACGAAAAACCAAGUUUCGAAUUGGUUUAUAAAUGCGCGAGUGAGGCUGUGGAAGCCUAUGAUUGAAGAAAUGUAUAAAGAGGAGUUUGCAGACUCAUCGGCUGACUCGGAUUCAUUAUUGGGAAGUUGUUCUAUCCCAAGGGAAGGCAUGACAGACCAUGAUGAGGAAUGAAAGUGGUGGGAAAUUAAUGAUGUUUGAGCUAAGGAUUAAUGUUUUUGUUUAGUCUAUAAAUACUGCAAAGGAAGCUUUUUGUUGAAAAUGAUGUUGUUGAGUAAUUGAUCUACUGAGUAAUGUGCUUCUAACUGAUCAAAA